CAGAGCACCCUUAGGGGGUCCUCAGAGGCAAGUCAACAGUAUCUCAGUGGUGCGGACUUCACCACCCCGUGGACGGCCCUCGGCUGUUUCUAGGCCAGGAGUCCGAGGCCAAAAUCCCAGAUUAAUAAAGCAGUCUGCGGUGAUUCCACAGGCCGCUGGUCUGCCUGUCCCUGGAGGGUCUCUGGCUGGGAAGGAAGAAACAGUGUCAUCCUCAUCCCUGGGCGUUCUUCAGAGGGGUCGGUCCAGGCCACAGGCUGGUGCUCUGCAGGAGAGACCGCUGCCCGGUCGCCACGGGGCCUUGCAGAGGAAACGGAAGGCCACUCCGGAGAGAUGUCGUUCAGCGGCGCCUGGUGGCGCCAAGCAGAACAGAAGCCCAGCAGGGAGGGACCCGGGCAGCAAGAAGUUCAAGCAAGCGCCCAGGACUCCCCAGCCAAAAUCCAGGCGCAGAGCCUCGGAGCAGGUCUCUGGAGGACGCGGGAAAGGCGCACCCAGAGAAAAGCAGCCGGCGAGGGAGACAGGCCAAGAGCCCAAGACCCCAGGCACUCGGAAUCGGAGGAAGCAGCUAGAGGAGUGGUUGGCAUCCAAAGGGAAACUAUACAAGCGGCCCCCGAUGACCUUCCCCGUUAAAAGGCGGCCCCCGCCCAAGGAGAAGGAGGCCUUGGACCGCUCCUUCUGGGACUGCAUGGAGGAAGAGAUGGAGCGGCAAAAGGUGGCACAGCAAAUCGCCAGCACCUUGGCAGAGUGCAUGAAGCUGGCAGACGAGGGGGUUCCUUCGGAAGAGCUCCUGGCCAUGCUGUCCCGCAUCCCAGAGGCAGAGAAGUUUGCCCGGUUCUGGGCCUGCAAGGCGAAGCUGUUGGCCCGCCAAGGCCUGUUUGAUGCAGCCGGGCUGUACCGUGCUGCUGCUUGCGCUGGAGCUGUGCCUCUACGAGAGUUGAGAGAUGCCCUUGUUGACACUCUGAAGUGUUCCAGUCAAGCCUGGGCAACCCCUGCUGAACUCCGACUUCCCGGCAAGGAGCGGGCACAGAGCAACGGGCAAGGACCAGCUUGCCAGCCUCUUUCGGCAAUCAAGCUUCAAGUGGCGUCACUGCCCAGAGCCAAGGAGCCGAGUGCGAGGCCAAGCCUGAAGCUCCUGACCCCUGUGCGGCGGUCUCUGCGGAUCGAGCGGGCGUCUGCUCGCUACCCGCAGAUGCUGAGGGACCACGACCCCAUCGUGUCCUGCCUGGACGAAAUCACGGAUGCGGAGGACGGCUGUCGCUUCAUCUUCCGCAAGAACGAAGCUUUGCCAGAGACGGUGGAGGUGGAGGGCUUUCUGCCACGGACCUCGGCGCCAGCCUCCCCAGACCCACCCCUGCGCAGGCCCCUGUUCUGUUAGAGCUGCAUCGGCGGACUGGAAAUGUGGGGGGUCAUAGCAUGGGACCCUUUUCAGAAUAUAUAUAUAUAUAUGCAUCUUUA